AUGCAUCAUUGGGAUUUAGUAUAUGAUAGUGCCGUUGCACCGAGUCCCAUUGUUCCGACGUAUCGCCCAGAUCCGCCUUCCAAACGUAAACUUUCCAACAUGCCCUCAUCAGUGUCUGGAACCGCAGACUCGGCCCCGUCGCGAGCGCUCAUCCCCUCACGACCUCAAGUCUCUCCUCCAAGACCGCAAGCUCGCUCAGCUGGCAUGGCGGAACGACCAGGUAGAAAUGAAAAUCUAUCCGAUCUUGUCCGCUUUUUUCAAACACAGAAUGCGCCGGCACCUGUUUCCUCACCAAUACCCACUCCUGCAUCUCCGGAUAAUACCACCGCCCUGCCUAUUGUCACAGAGUCUAAGGAGCCCAUGGAACCUAUGGAACCGAAGGGAUUGAGCAAAGAAACGAAGCCUUUACACCGGCGACUGUUACAUUUUACCCAGCGCCAGAAGAAGGAACCAACAUCACGCUCUAAACUCGACGAAAAGCAACGGCAAAUCGAGGCCCUUCAAAGAGAAGGGUAUCUUCUUCCUAAUUCGAAACCGAGGAGCACGCAUUCAUCCAAGACAAGUAUCAGUUCAAAGAGCAGCCUGGAACGGACAUUUUCCAGAUCGAAAAGACAAGAUGUCGAAACCAUAGGCCAACCAUGGUUGGAAAGCGACUUGAAAAAACUAUCCAAUGGGUCAAAACAACGCCUGGCCUCGCUCGACUUGAGCGACUUUGGCUCUAUGGUCGAUGUUGCUGUCUCGCUAUCUUCUACAUUUGACGAUGCAUCCCAGCCCACACAUCGCCCGCCUCCCUCGAAUAUCCAGGUCUCUCCCAGUGAUCAAAAGACUGGCUCAGAAGCCAUAUCUGCUCUUCCACCGUCGAAAUCUUCCACAGACUCCGUGUCUCAAAGCAAUCGACCAACAUCACCUGCAAUUGAUGGAAAGGUCAGCAACCCAAGAGGAGAUCAUGCUCGGCAGUCUUCAAGCUCUAGUAACUUGAGCGUGCGGAUUGUUGAAUCCGACGUCAAGUUUACGGAAAAAUUGCUUGAUGUGAAGCUGGCCGGCACGAGAACAAUAGCGAUGUCCGACGAGUCGAUCAAGCACGACGCAAGGCCGGCCCAGGUUGCGGACCAGCAAACACAGACACGAGCCUGCUCAUCAUCUAGUUCCAACGGGACGGCGCCUGCGCAGCCUUCUCUAAAGCUCUUCCCUGAUGUUGCUCCGCCACGGAUCUCGAGCAAAGGUGGUUGGAGAAUUUCAUCCGUGCCUCAAUAUCAACGACUGUCCAACUCACCUUCGAUAACUGGCACUGAUGCUCCAGUUGAAACAUUGGAAACAGUCAAGCCAGCAGGUGGGAAGCAGAAGCUAUCUGAAACUCAUGCUAUAGUUUCGCCUCAAGAUGCUCAAGAACCUUGCUAUUCUGGGGCCCCUGCUACUCCUGCUGUCUCCACUAAAUUAGUCUCCGUGGAGCCUACGACAAAAUCCAAGGCGAGUGCAAAAUGUCAGACAAAAUCUCGGCCACCAUCCCUCGCAAUGGGUACACUCCAAGCAUUCCCUCUUCCGGCACCAACAAGGCCCCUGCCAUCGAUCCCGAAGCCCGGCCGACCGCCUCCCGCAGCCCCAGAUGCCGACUCUCUUUCUACUAUUCGCCCAGUACGCUCAGCCCUCAAAGCUGCUGACCUGCAGUCUUCCCAGCCCUCUCCUAUCACCGAGCAUCCUCAUGAACUAGAAGAUCGGCCUGCAACUGCCCUCGGCUAUGUAAGGGAGGCAGAGUCUGAAGCAGAUCAUGACAGCGACAUGUCAAUUCAUAUUCAAGAGCGGCCAAAAUCAACAUCACCAGAGCAGAAUACUCCUCGGCGACGGGCUUCGAGUCUUCGUAUUCCUCGCAUGCAGGAUCUGCCAGAGAAUUCUUUUGGACCUGACGACAGUAUCCAAGAAGGACAGCCAUUGGCUGAUUCUCCUGUUCUGGGGCAAGUGACCCCGACCAAGCCGCAUGGAAAGCGUGAUUCGCGGAAAGAAUUACAGAUCAAUUCUCGAGUUGAUCGAAAGAAUCUCCCAUUUGGGCUCCCGUCGCCUCCCCCGACUGCCGCACUUCCUUCGGAUCCCCCCUCGCAUCCACUCGCUGAGCGCUCUCAUGGUCACCGUAACUUUACUGCUCCUGUAGGGGCAGGAAGCCAUCUGCUCAAAGGUGUUGAGCCCUCACUUGUGUCGUCUCAUCGAAGCUCCAUGGUAUCUCGGAGCAACAGCUCCGGGAGCAGUCUGCGCCAUGAAAGUAUUCCCGAGUCAUACGAACCAGACCGCUGCGAAUCUCCUCUUCCAUCUUCCGACGAUGAAGGCUUUGGUCCGGUAGCCAAUACUCAACGCCCACGCCAUCAUGUUGAAAAACACACGAAGCGAGUUCACCCGCUUCACCAAGGCUAUGAAACUGUCGCUGCUCGCCCGAGCCAUGGCCGUCUGCGCUAUCCACACAACGCUCGAUCCCAAACACCACAGGGCCGUAGUAGUCAUAGCCUGGAAAUCCCUACGUCCCCUCAGUCGACGUACUCUCAGUCCACUUACCGCUCGCGAGAAUCACAUAGCAAUUAUCGUUCUCAGUCAGGAGCGAACCAUAUGGCUCAUUACUUGGAGGAUCGCGUACUGAAUCUGGAGCGCCAGAACCAAAUUCUCCAGGCGGCUCUAAUGGCGGCUCUUAACGCUGGCGGUAAGAGUCCCUUUGGAGACUUGAAUGGGUCGCCAAUUGCCUCAGGUUUUCCCGGCCCAGGCCAUGCCAACCCCUAUCACAAUCGCUUUACGUCGCGCCCUGAUAGCUGGGUGAGUUCUUCGCGCAGCAGUGAGCAUGAUGGGUUCGAAAUACCCGGCGAGCAUCGGGAGAAUCGGGAGCAUCGUGAUCAUCGCCCCAGCGUUCGCCAGCUAGAUAAUAUGAUCGAAGACAUCGAGGGCGGGUGGAUGUCGGACAAGUCGAAUUUAAGUGGAGCUCGCAUAGCGAGAACCCGCUGA